AUGUUGAAUAAUCAAUCGAGCUACUUUCUGAAACUAUCAACUCAACCAAUUAUUUUCGAGCCGAUCAGUAAUGGCACCAGUGUGUUCUAUGACAAAGAUAAUCAACAGUUGUUUUGCGUUCGCGGUUCUGGUGCAAUGGAAGAAAAUACCGAUAGUUUUCGUUUUACUCGACGUAAAAAACAAAAUCGUCGCACGAUACCUGUCAAUCCUCCAAUCGAAUCAUCCAUUUUCGAUCCGGAGCAAUUACUUAAAAAUCUCGAAAAUAAAAUUCAAUUGAUUCGAUCGAGUUAUUUCUGGUCACAAUUCCAAGAACGCCUUCAGCAGUGGAUCUAUCGUCAAUCGACAUCGAUUGAUAUUUUAUGUUACGGUCUUGGUCAUAUCAAUCAAUCUCUCUCCUCACAAUAUCAAUACGCGCUACUGAAAGUGAUCGAAGAACGUUUCGAAGAUCGAAUUCAGAUUAUUUACCUGUAUGAUCCGAUUUGGACCAACGAUGAAUACACUUUUCUCGAGAAGACAAACCAAUGCUCUAAGUACGAGCUUAUUCGAGAGAAUAAUCAAGCUUUUCAAACCAUCGUUCGACCGUCCUUGUUCUACAUACCGUUUUGUUCCAAGCCAAUUCACAAUAACCUUCUCUACUCAAACUGGACGAAAGAGAAAUUGAAAGAAAUUGUGAUAUUCGGAAAUAGUCUGGAGAGAUUCUCCAACGAAGUUCAAUUUGACGAGAAUAAAUACUACUACAUUUAUCAAAGCACAAGUUUUUCAAUUGAACUAUCCUUACCAUUAUUCGAACAUUAUACCAAUGCCUUUCAUGAACAAGUCUUUACGACAUUUGAUCGAACCGAGAUUCCUAUCAUCAACGAAAAACUCAUCCGAUCAUCAAAACGCGAUAAACAGAAGAAAACUUCACUACCUAAAACUACUAUUGAACAAGUGUCCGAAGAAAUCUGGUUCAUGAAUAUCAAACCAGUUUAUUCGAACGAUGAUGAAAUUGUUAAUAAAAAUAACAUGUUUGUUCUUGUUCGUUUUAGGUGUGACUAUAAAGGUGCGAUUCAAUCGAUUAAAUUCAAUCCUGAUCUUUCGGUCUUAGCGAUAAAACUGCCCACAUCACCUCGUUCACCCUCGUCAUCAAUGGCAACUACAGCAACUAUUCUUCAACCUGACACGAUCGAGUAUUCGCAAUUAUCGAAAACAAAAGCAAGUAAACUAUACGAUUUCAAUUGGUUAUCUGAUAAAGAAAUUGUCUUUGUGACUGAUCUUUCACUGGAACAUUACAUCUUAAGUGCAAAACAACGAACUUUGCGACAAUUGAAAACGCAUGAACUUAGCAAUAUUCAUUGGCAGUUGUUUUCACGCGAAAUGAAUCUUUUAUUGAUAUCAGCUGGUACACCAUCAGGCAAUUCAUUGAUUCCAUUUUCAUUCCAUAAGACACAGCAACAGCAAUUAGUUAAACUACCGAAAUUUGAAGUUGAUUUACCUCAAGUGACAAACCUACGUUCGAAUUCUACGGCAUCCAGUGCAACGAAUCAAUCAACAAGUAAACGAUGCAAUGAAUUGACAGAACGAGAUUGUAUGUUAGCAAAUAUCUAUGGCAAAUCAUAUCUUUUCAUUGUUCGACAAUUGUUUCGAGUUGCUGGACAAGGAUCGAUUGAGGUCGUUCUCUACCAGAUCGAAGAUGAUCAUAAACCUGCUCAAAAACGUCAUAUUCUACGCUUGAACCUACAUGGUAGAUGUGCAUUAAACGUUGUAGAUAAUCUAAUCUUGAUUCAUCAUCAACCGACAACUUCAUGCUAUAUUUAUGACAUUGAAGAUAAAUCAACGUCACAAUAUGAUGGAUUUCAAACUUUACACGAACCUUUACUUUCGCAACUAUUAAUUCAACCGGUAAAUGUUAAUUGGCAAUUACUUUCCUCGACGAUGUCAACCGCACCAGCAACUAUUGAACUAUAUUCAUCUAACUGGAUUGUGUUCUUACCUAAUGUCAUCAUUGAUGUCAAAAUGGGUUGUUUGUGGUACUUAUUAACCAAUCUGGAUUAUUUACUAGAUAAUAUACCUGAUCGACUACUUUUGAUCGAUAUUUUAUUACGACGAACAAGUGGUAAAGCAUCUAUCUUGACUUUAUUGCGAACAUUACUAACAAAUGUCACUGCACCUGUUCAAAUUGACUCGAAUAAUGUUUCGAACAUAAGCUCGAGUCAUGUCUUAGAUUUGUGGAUUGAAAUGAUUGACCAUAUCAAUCGUGUUUUUAUCGAAAACUCUCCUAAUCGUCCUCUACUAGAUCAAUCAGACAUAUUUUCCGUUCUUUCACUAUUUUCUACUAUCGCGUCCAUAUCAGCGACAGGUAGUUCGACAAAAUACCAUCGUUCAUUAUCGAUCACCUCGAAUGAUACAACAUUAGACGAACAUGAUCAAAAUCAUUCGUUAAAAUUCGCUAUCAGUGUUGUCAUUGAGUACAUUCGUUCGUUAAAUGAUUAUAAUAUCUCGGUUCAAUAUUUUAUCUACGAAUUAUUGGUUAAUUUAUUAGUAAGAAAUAAUCAAUUUUUUCAGCUACAACAGUUAAUUCAAUAUCAAGUGUUGACUGAUUCCUUGCAACUCGCUUGUCUGCUUCUAUCGCUCUCGAACACUCAACAGCCAACAACGCAACUAGCACUUGAUAUGCUUAAACGUUUGACGAAUGCUAAUGAAGAAAUAGUCGAGAUUCUCCUUGGCCAUAAUUUUAUCAUCGAAGCUCUGCAUUUCUGCAUCGAUCAUCUGCCGAUCACUCGAACAUUAGCACGUAAACUUUUAGAAGCGGCAAUUAAAUCCGAUGAACUUCUGUCGUCGACGACAUCCAAUCAGAAGAUUCUUUUUUAUACUGUUUAUACAUUCUUUGAAGAAUAUUUUCAACGUACAACAACUAUUAGUGCUUUAGCUCAAUCGACAAGUAAUAAUGAACAAAAAGAUGAACUUGAAAUGUUUAAAUCCCUAUUUAAUUUACACUUUCGUAAUCAAGAAUCAGAUGUGCCCAAUAUUCAGUGA